CGCAGUCCAAUAAUAGUAUUAAAAUAUGUAUACUUAUACAGGUUUUUAGACAAGGCGGCAAUUCAACAAACACCUUCUAGGCAAGUUGAAAAACCCGAAGCUUCGAGUCCAUGGAAACUAUGCACAGUUACCCAAGUAGAGAACGCAAAAAUAAUUCUAAGCAUGGUGCCGAUUUUCUGUUGCACAAUCAUAAUGACCCUUUGCUUGGCUCAGCUCCAAACCUUCUCCAUCCAACAGGGCCUCACCAUGGACACAAAACUCACCAACUCUUUCAACAUCCCUCCGGCUUCACUCCCCAUCAUCCCGGUCUCCUUCAUCAUCCUCAUAGUCCCGAUCUACGACAAGAUUUUCGUCCCCUUUGCUCGAAAGCUCACAGGCAUCCCCACAGGAAUCACCCACUUGCAACGAGUAGGUGUUGGAUUGGUUCUGUCCAGCAUCUCCAUGGCCGUAGCGGCACUAGUGGAAGUGAAGCGCAAAGGCGUUGCGAGAGAUCACAACAUGCUGGACGCAACCCCUGUUUUGCAGCCAUUACCAAUCAGCACAUUCUGGCUAUCGUUUCAAUUCUUCAUAUUCGGAAUCGCAGAUCUGUUUACGUAUGUAGGACUUCUCGAAUUCUUCUACUCCGAGGCGCCGAAAGCCUUGAAAUCUGUAUCUACUUGCUUCCUUUGGAGUUCGAUGGCGUUGGGAUACUUCUUGAGCACCAUAAUUGUGAAGAUUGUGAACAGUGCUACGGAAGGAAUUACGAGAAAUGGAGGUUGGUUGAUGGGAAACAACAUUAAUCGGAACCAUUUGAACCUCUUCUACUGGACGCUUUCAAUCUUGAGCUUGAUCAACUUCUUUAUCUACGUAUUUGUUGCCAAGAAAUACAAGUACAGAAACCAUAAACCCACCAUCUCCAAUUCCAUUGAUGACAGUAGGACGCCAUGAGAGGAAAAAAAAUUUCCAAUUGUUCGUUAUUAACUUAUGCCUAAGGGUUCGAAACUUUGAAUUAUGGAUCAUCAAUUAACAUUAAUUGGUUUUCUUUCUUCUUUUUCUUUUUUUAAGUGAACAUUAAUUGGUUUAUUAGCUUCGAUCACGAGCCUUUUCUUGAUAACUGAUUUUAAAACUGUUAAAAUUUAAACUCACUUUUAAAUAUACUUUUUAAUUACUCAAAUCAAUUCAUAUUGUUUAUUAAGAUUAAACUGAUUUUUUAUAGUAAGAAAAAUGGU